AUGUGCCAAAGAGAUAUCGUAUCAAAAGUCUUCGAAAUGAAAGUUCAGUCUAAUAUUGAUUUGUCGGAUAGAGCAGUUUUGGCUCCGAAAAAUGUGGACGAAAUGGAAGGAAAUGAAAAAGCCUAUUUUUCGCGAGAUGAAAUAGUGAAAGAUGAGCCAUCAUGGAUGACCACUGAACUUCUCAACUUCUCCAAGGAAUGCUUGAAAGUGGAAUCAAGAAGCUCGAGCUUGCUUAAUUUGAAGUAUAGGGAAGUUUUAUGA